CCGCGAAGUCGGAGACGCUUCCGCUGCAGGAGGUGGGGCUCGCGGCCUUCGUUUCUCUGUGUGAGCUGAGGAUAGUCACAGAGGUUUCGGCAAUUGGACCAAAGUCACAAGACUGGUACAACAGUAGCUUCUUCACAGACUCAGCCCUUCCCCAGAAGGCGGACAAAAUGACCAAGUUCAAGGAGGCAGUGACGUUCAAGGACGUGGCUGUGGUCUUCACGGAGGAGGAGCUGGGGCUGCUGGACCCAUCCCAGAGGAAGCUGUACCGAGACGUGAUGCUGGAGAACUUCCGGAACCUGGUCUCAGUGGGAGACAAGAAUCUAAGUAACAUGGAGAUUAUUCAGGAAGUUGGAUUAAGGUACCUACCACAUGAAGAGUUUUUCUGCUCGCAAAUCUGGCAACAGGUUACCAAGGAUUUAAGCAGAUGUCGAAAUUCUGUAGUAAAUAUUCAAGGAACUGGCUCUCCAUUGGAAAAACAAGGUGAAUCACUGUAUAAAUAUGAGGAAUUUGGUAAAGGCUUUAAUCAGAGUUCACAGCUUCAGGUUCACCACAGAGUCCACACUGGGAAAAAAACCUACAAACAGGAGGAGUGUGAGAAAGGUUUUAUUCAGGACUCUUGUCUUCAAAUUAAUAAGAUGGCCUGUGCAGGAGAGAAGCCCUAUAAAUGUGAAAAAUGUGAAAAUGCGUUCCGUCGGUUUUCAAGUCUUCAAGCCCAUCAAAGAGUCCACAGUAGAGAGAAAUCAUACAAAUAUGAUACGUCACGUAAGAGUUUUAGUCAGAGGUCAUAUCUUCAUCGUCAUCAGAGAGUUCUUACAGGAGAAAAUUCACACAAAUUUGAGGAGUGUGGGAGAUAUGUUAGGAAGAGCUCACAUUGUCACACUUCUCUGAUAACCCACACAUUAGAGAAACCUUAUAAAUGUGAGGAGUGUGGGGUAGGCUUCAGUCAGAGCUCCUAUCUUCAAGUCCAUCAGAGAGUUCAUAUGGGAAAGAAACCUUAUAAAUGUGAAGAGUGUGGGAAGGGCUUCAGUUGGCGUUCACGACUACAGGCUCAUCAGCGAAUCCACACUGGUGAGAAACCGUACAAAUGUAAUGCAUGUGGCAAGGGCUUUAGUUAUAGCUCACACCUUAACAUUCAUUGUAGAAUUCACACAGGAGAGAAACCCUAUAAAUGUGAGGAGUGUGGGAAAGGCUUCAGUGUGGGCUCACACCUUCAAGCCCACCAGAUAAGCCACACUGGAGAGAAACCAUACAAAUGUGAGGAGUGUGGGAAGGGCUUCUGUCGGGCCUCAAAUCUUCUGGACCAUCAGAGAGGCCAUAGUGGUGAGAAACCGUAUCAGUGUGAUGCAUGUGGGAAAGGCUUCAGUCGUAGCUCAGAUUUUAACAUUCACUUUAGAGUCCAUACAGGAGAGAAACCCUAUAAAUGUGAGGAGUGUGGGAAGGGCUUCAGUCAGGCCUCAAAUCUUCUGGCCCAUCAAAGAGGCCACACUGGAGAAAAACCAUACAAGUGUGGUACAUGUGGGAAGGGCUUUAGUCGGAGUUCAGAUCUGAAUGUUCAUUGUAGAAUCCACACAGGAGAGAAACCCUAUAAAUGUGAGAAGUGUGGGAAGGCCUUCAGUCAGUUCUCAAGUCUUCAAGUCCAUCAAAGAGUCCACACAGGAGAGAAACCGUAUCAGUGUGCAGAGUGUGGGAAAGGCUUCAGUGUGGGUUCACAGCUUCAGGCCCAUCAGAGGUGCCAUACUGGAGAGAAACCAUACCAAUGUGAGGAAUGUGGGAAGGGCUUCUGUCGAGCCUCAAAUUUUCUGGCUCAUCGUGGAGUCCACACAGGAGAGAAACCAUACCGAUGUGAUGUGUGUGAUAAGCGCUUCAGACAGAGAUCAUACCUUCAGGCUCACCAGAGGGUCCAUACUGGAGAGAAACCAUAUAAAUGUGAGGAAUGUGGGAAGGUCUUCAGUUGGAGCUCAUACCUUCAAGCCCAUCAGAGAGUUCACACUGGAGAAAAACCAUAUAAAUGUGAGGAAUGUGGGAAGGGCUUCAGUUGGAGCUCAAGUCUUGUAAUUCAUCAGCGAGUUCAUGCUGAUGAUGAGGGUGAUAAGGACUUUCCUUCAUCAGGGAAUUCAUACAGGAAAGAAGCUUGAUAAAAAUUAUGUUUUAAUACCUCAAAAUGGGUGCUGAAAUAGUCCAAUUAUUAGACCUGUUAUAGAAAACAAAACAUUUGUCAUAUUUCAGCCAGUGCUUGUCAUGUCACAGCGGUUGUUAGAUGACCACAUAGCAGAGAAGCCUCGUGAGAGUGGAGACAUAAGGACUUCAUGCAGAAUCAUGACAUUUAGCAGAUAUUACACAGAAGAGAAGCAUAGGAAGGAUGAGUCUGGUCUGAAGUUAAUCAACAACACUAAUAUGAAAUGCCUGAAACUAUUCCCCUGGAAUAUAAAUGUGAAGAGGGUGGUGACUUUGUUGACUGCCAAAUCUACUCUGCCUUUUCAGUGCCUAACACAUUGUAGGUGUUCAGUAAUUGUUAAAUGAGUAAAAGAGGACAGCCAUAUUUGAAAUUUCAGUUCAUUUCUAAAUAUUUCUAUAAAAUUGUAUUUAGAAGAGGAAUUCUGCAAGACUCGGAGAACAUUUAGACAAAUGGGCACAUUUACCAACCUGUAGUUCCUGUGAAUUAGUGUUUAUCAAACAGGGUUGCAACCCAUUAGUGGAUCGAGAAAGCCAUUCAGCUGGUUAUGAGCAGCACUUUUGUAUGCUAACAAUUGAAGUACAAUUUGCAUUCAGUAAUGUGCAUAAAUCUCAAGUUUACAGUUUCAUGAUUUUGACAAAGGUGUACACUUGUGUAAUCACCAAGACCAAUGUAUACAAUAUUUCUGUUAAACUAGAAUAUUUCCUUGUAUACAUUUUCAGUCAAUCUGAUCUCUAGAAGCAACCGUAUUAUGAUUUCUGUACCAUAGAUUAGUUAGGUCUGUCCUUGAGCUUCAUACAGGUUCAGUAUGUAUUCUUGUGUCUGGAUUCUUUUUAUCAAAUAUAUGACCAUCUAAACAGAUGCAGAGAAAGAAUUUGACAAAAUUCAACAUCCUCUCGUGAUAAAAAAAAGUCCUCAGUGAGAUAAAAGGCAUCUAUGAAAAUCUUACAAGCUAACAUUCUUUUUUUAAUUAAGGAAUAAUUUAUAUAUAGUAAAAUGGAAUCUUUAAUGUAUUAUUUUGUGUUUUGGCAGAAGCUUGUUAUCAUAUUAUCACCACAAUCAAGACAUUUUAACAGUUUCAGCCCCCUCCACCCCAAAAUUCCUUUGUACUCUUGUAGUUAACCCCUCUUCCCUUCACACCCCUGACGUCCUUAGCAGCCACUGACCUCUUCUGUCUGUAUACUUUACCUUUUCUAGAACGUCAUAUUUAUGGAGUCAGACUCUGUGUAACCUUUGAGGUCUGGCUUCUUUCACUUAACUGCUUCUGAGAUUCAUCAGUCUUGAUGUAUGUAUCAGUAGUCAUUCCUUUAAUUGCUGAAUGGUAUUCUAUUAAAAGGAUGUACCAUA